ACCACUCCCAGUCUACUUCCGGCUUAAAAAAAAAAAAAAAAAGGAAAAAAUUUCCGAAAGCUUAUCAUCUUCAACACAAACAGUCUUGUACCCUGCAACAGAGCAUCAUCGUCUGAAAAUGGGCGACGAAUCGCAUGAAAAGGAAGGAAUCAACGGCGAAUCUGAUUUCAUCUCCACAAAAAGUAUGUCCUCUCAGGAGGAGUACACUCUCUACGCCGUUCUACGCAGUAUGAUAGUUGCGAUUCUAUUCCCUGAUCGCCAAUCUUCUGCGUCUUCUUCAAAUUCACUUUUGCACCGGAUUAGAGCUUCUUUCUCUGAGCACGGGCCACAUCUUCAGCAAGCUUCGAGAAAUACUGGCCGUCAGGUUGUUCUGUGGACUCGAAGAGGCAGUCCCCUCCGUGCUAUUCUCGUAAUCUGCGUUGGGACUAUUGCUCUUCUUGCUAUGACAGGAUUGCUUGUAUUUUUCCUUUUCUUUCUAGCUGCUACCAUCAAUGCCAUUGUUAUCUCCCUGCUAAUGUCUUUAGCUGCAGCAGGGGGUUUCUUGGCCUUUUUCUUCGCUUGUGUGACUGCUAUCUACAUUGUAGCAUUAUCAGUUGCUGUGUUUGUUAUUUCUACUGCAACAAUUUCGGCAAUUAUUGCUGUUCUUAUAACGACAGGUUGGGUCGGAUUCUUUUGGAUCAUAUGGCUGGCCACAAAGAAAAGUGCAGGCCUUGCUAAGAACUCGUUUUCCAUUACUGGAUCAGCACUUUCAGCUUACUCUUCUGCCUGGCAUGCUCACCGCCACCAACCAGAGAAGGUUGCAGUUGAUUGAGAUGGCACUAUAAAUUAAAAGUCCAUCUUUGUGAAAUUUGUAGGUUUUGUUGUACAUGUUUGCUUAUCAGGACCUUGGGUUGCAAGAUAACUCCUCCAAAUAUUUGUUGUUAGAUAUGACACCUGGGAUAUAGUUUGGAAGCAUAGAAGUUGCCUUAAUAUUGCAGGUCUGAAAGCAUACUUACGGUC